AUGAUCGACCACCAGCUACUAAGCAGGUCUCCAUACUCAGCAGAAUCAGGUGGAGGUUCAGGUGGUUCAGGUGGUUCAGGUGGUGGUUCAGGUGGUUCAGGUGGUGGUUCAGGUGGUUCAGGUGGUUCAGGUGGUUCAGGUGGUGGUUCAGGUGGUUUAGGUGGUGGUUCAGGUGGUGGUUCAGGUGGUUCAGGUGGUUCAGGUGGUGGUUCAGGUGGUUCAGGUGGUUCAGGUGGUGGUUCAGGUGGUGGUUCAGGUGGUUCAGGUGGUGGUUCAGGUGGUGGUUCAGGUGGUUCAGGUGGUUCAGGUGGAGGUUCAGGUGGUUCAGGUGGUUCAGGUGGAGGUUCAUGUGGUUCAGGUGGUUCAGGUGGUUCAGGUGGUUCAGGUGGUGGUUCAGGUGGUGGUUCAGGUGGUUUAGGUGGUGGUUCAGGUGGUGGUUCAGGUGGUUCAGGUGGUUCAGGUGGAGGUUCAGGUGGUUCAGGUGGUUCAGGUGGUUCAGGUGGUGGUUCAGGUGGUGGUUCAGGUGGUUCAGGUGGUUCAGGUGGAGGUUCAGGUGGUUCAGGUGGUUCAGGUGGUGGUUCAGGUGGUGGUUCAGGUGGUUUAGGUGGUGGUUCAGGUGGUGGUUCAGGUGGUUCAGGUGGUUCAGGUGGAGGUUCAGGUGGUUCAGGUGGUUCAGGUGGUUCAGGUGGUGGUUCAGGUGGUGGUUCAGGUGGUGGUUCAGGUGGUUCAGGUGGUUCAGGUGGAGGUUCAGGUGGUUCAGGUGGUUCAGGUGGUUCAGGUGGUGGUUCAGGUGGUGGUUCAGGUGGUGGUUCAGGUGGUUCAGGUGGUUCAGGUGGUUCAGGUGGUGGUUCAGGUGGUGGUUCAGGUGGUGGUUCAUGUGGUUCAGGUGGUUCAGGUGGUUCAGGUGGUUCAGGUGGAGGUUCAGGUGGUUCAGGUGGUUCAGGUGGUUCAGGUGGUGGUUCAGGUGGUGGUUCUACCACGGCUCGGCUUUCUGCUGUUUUCUGA